AUGAAUCACCUCAUAAAGGUGUGGUUCGCGAAGGCAAAAUUAAAGGGAACUGGUGUCACGCAGUCCGAGUUUCUGACAAGGCCCCGACAUGAUGCUUUUCUUGCGGCUCGGGAGCGGUUUGGUAUUAAUAAGUGCUGGACGCGUGAUGGCUGCAUCUAUGUCGUGGCUCCGAAUGGAACACGUUAUAAGGCUGAGAACUUAACUGACCUUGAUGAAAUCCCAGAUGGCACGCCCGUAGAAGUAGUCAAGUCACCACCUCCAAAUAUAGCUACCGUAAAAUCGUCGGAAUACAAAAGUGUUGCAUCACGAUCUAAGAGGCCGUCAAUGUCAUUUUCAAGUGAAUGUAGUGAAUUUAUGUCCUUAUCUUCAUCUACUGAGGAAAACUCUAGUGACGACAGUUUUCAAAAUAUUCCUUGUUUAAGCGACAGUCUAAAUUCUCAUUUCUCUAGUUGCUUAAAGAAUUUCAAUGCAGUUCACAUUAACGCGCAGAGUAUUCCUGCACAUUAUCCUGAUUUCUUGUCUACCUUUGGCAGUGUUAGCCAUAUCCAUGCUAUAUUAGUUUCCGAAUCUUGGCUUAGGCCUUGUUUACCUUCCACUUCUUUCUCUUUACCGGGAUUCCGCCUGAUCCGCAAUGAUCGCGUUGGCCGGUCGGGUGGAGGGGUUGCUAUUUAUCUUCGUUCUCAAAUUCCGUAUAAUAUUAUUGACACUUCGCAACCUCAGACCGGUGGUGGUGCCGAGCAUCUUUUUAUCGAAGUGAUUUUUUCACAUGCCAAACUACUUCUCGGUGUUUUUUAUAGUCCAUGUCUCACUGUUGACUAUUUUGGUACUUUUGAAACAUUACUUCAUAAUUUUACUUCCUUAUAUAAUCACACGGUUAUCAUGGGCGAUUUUAACACCUGCUUGCUUAAAAACAACCACCGGUCUACCCGUCUUAAUACUAUUGUUAACGCUGCUAAUUUGCAUAUUUUACCCUUAUCUGCUACUCACAUUGCUCCUAACUGCUCUCCUUCACUUCUAGAUUUAAUUAUUGUUUCCUCAAUUGACCAUGUUACUAACCAUGGUCAAUGUACUGCUAACGCUUUCUCCUAUCAUGACCUCUUAUUUUUAUCUUAUAAACUUAGGCCUCCUAAAAUAAAAUCUAGAAUUCUUCUGCAGCGAAAUUUUGGUGGGAUAAAUCUGGAACGACUACGGGAGGACGCAACUAAAAUUGACUGGUCAGGGGUUUACAAUGCGAGUACAGUUGAUGAGCAAGCAAUAUUUUUUAACGCAUUAUUAACUCAGCUAUAUGAUGUUCAUGCGCCUAUUCGCCCUGUGAAAAUAAAACAUCUUCCGGCGCCAUGGAUUACACCUGAGAUAAGAAAAUUACAGAACAAAAAGAAUCGUGCUAAAGCGAAGUACAGGAUGGAUCCCAGUGAGGUUAAUAGGGAAAAAUAUGUAAGGGCUCGAAAUCGCUGCAAUAGACUGUGUAGAGAUGAAAAGCGACGCUAUAUCUAUAAAUCUGUCUCACUGGAAGAUUCCGGUAAAGUCUGGAAUUUUCUUAGAUCACUUGGAGUUGGUAAAUCCCGUCAAAUUAGUUCUCAACAUUUAGAUCUCAAUUCUUUGAACCUCCACUUUUCUUCUUCUGUUGUCAUAGAUAACACAACUAAGUUACGUACAAAAAAUCAGCUUUCUACGACGAUAACUCCUGAUGUUCCUACUUUCUUGUUUAGCCAGUUUUCCGAAUGUGAUGUUAAGAGUAGCAUUCUCGCAAUUAAAUCUAACUCGGUUGGAUCGGACAGCAUUAGUCGUAACAUGAUUAUCCCUCUAAUUGAUAUUCUAUGUCCAGUUAUCACAUUUAUUUUUAAUUUCUCCAUCUCCACUAACUCUUUUCCGUCAGUGUGGAAAGAUGCUGACAUUAUUCCUCUACCUAAAAAAAGUAAUCCGUGUUCUUUAUCUGAAUAUCCUCCUAUUUCCAUCCUUCCAUUUCUUUCCAAAGCUCUUGAGCGUCUUGUACAUCAGCAGCUUAGCCGUUUCCUUCUAAAUCAUAAUCUCCUUAAUCCCUUCCAAUCCGGCUUUCGUCCUGGACAUAGCACGACUACUGCGUUAAUUAAAAUCACCGAUGAUAUCAGGUCGAAUAUGGACAACCAAAGAGUCACGGUCUUGACGCUGUUAGAUUUUACUAAUGCAUUUAAUACCGUGGACUUUGACUUACUGUCCGAUACUUUGUAUACUCUUAACAUAUCUCCUGAGGUAACUGAGUGGUUUCAAAAUUACUUGCGAGGUCGCCGGCAACGAGUCAGGGUUAACGACUCCUUUUCUAAUUGGAGUGCGGUCAGAGCUGGCGUACCGCAAGGUGGCGUGCUUUCCCCUCUCUUAUUUUCUAUCUUCAUCAAUUCCAUCAGCAAAGUUAUAUCUUCUCUCUACCAUCUUUAUGCUGACGAUCUCCAAAUCUACACACACUGUACUAUUGAAGAAUUGCCACAAACUGUCUCUAUUAUCAAUGAUGAUUUAUUACGAGUUGCUAAUUGGAGUAAAUCCUUUGGUUUAACAGUCAAUCCAAGGAAAACGCAAGCAAUUAUAAUAGGAAGCUCUAAAUUUAUUUCUCGUAUUAAUAGGUCACAACUGCCUCCUAUAAUUUUUGAUGGCGUUGAAAUUCCAUACAGCGAUAAACAACUGAAAAAACUUGACUCGCAAAACUCUCCUAAAUCCGCGCAGCAACAGAACAAAGUUGACUCGCAAAAGUCUACUAUAUCCGCGCAGCAACUGAAUGAAGUUGACUCGCAAAAAUCUACUAUAUCCGCGCAGCAACUGAAAGAAGUUGACUUGCGAAAUUCUACCGUAUUCCGUGCAGCAAGCUAUUUACGAAAUUCUUAA